CAAUGAGAAAAAUUUACACAGGCAUUUCCACCAGAAGAUGGCAGCAGCACACUCAACCGUUCUGUUAAACAGAGAUUCCGACACUGCGCAAGGCACACUUCAACUGCCAAUCGCCUCUAUUUCUGUAGACGUCGAGCGCGUGUGCCAGAGAGACCGUUCAGUCAGUGCGGCUUAGACUUCAGCCGGACGGAGUCUAGGCUAUACUUCGUUCCCGGCGAGUGACACAAAAUUGCCGGAAUAUCGACGGAAGUGCGUAGGUCAACAAACUAGAAAACAAACAAGAAAAGGACGCUUGAGUUUACGAUAAAAACAAUCAUGCCGUAGAAAGUAUUCUGAGAAACUGCAAACUGCGUCUGGUGAUAACUCUUAAGACAUCGUUAUCGUGACCAUAUGAUCGUUUGGAGUUCGAACUCGGGCGAAGACCGAGACAGUAGAAGAGAAAAUUAGUUUUAAAACGCCAACACACUAGUCACCAAAUAUUGAAAUCGACCUAAAUAGUAAGGAAAAAUAAACCAUUUUGUAAAGAUAAAGUAGAGAAGUUUUAAUUUUUUAAUUUUUUAAUACGUUUUUUGAAUAAAAAAAACGAAAAAGUGAUAAUAUUGUGAACUCUGAAAGUCUAAACAGAGAACGUAACAGCAAAGAAAAUGCAUUCCAUGCGUGCCCAUCGGGCGUUAAACAAGCAUAAAACGGUAUUACAAAUAUGGAAGAUUGCUACGAGAUGUUUUGGCACGGAUGUAGAGUACAGACCAAUCAGAAGUGUCCUCGUCGCCAAUCGAGGAGAAAUUGCCAUUCGUGUGUUUCGUGCUUGCUCGGAACUCGGCAUUCGCUCCGUGGCAAUUUAUUCGGAACAGGAUAAAAUGCAGAUGCAUCGUCAGAAAGCAGAUGAAGGUUAUUUAGUAGGCCAAGGAUUACCACCUGUUCAAGCUUAUCUGAAUAUUCCUGAAAUUAUCCAAGUAGCUAAGGAAAACAAUGUUGACGCUAUUCAUCCUGGUUACGGAUUCCUUUCCGAAAGAGCAGACUUUGCUCAAGCGGUCACUAAUGCUGGCAUCAGGUUCAUCGGACCCAGUCCCAAAGUCGUCCAACAAAUGGGAGACAAAGUGGCUGCUAGACAAGCUGCGAUUGAGGCUGGUGUACCUAUCGUUCCGGGAACAGAUGGACCGGUAACAAAUUCUGAUGAAGCGGUAGAGUUCUGCAUGAAACAUGGUCUUCCGGUCAUCUUCAAGGCAGCAUACGGAGGUGGAGGACGAGGUAUGAGAGUCGUAAGACAAAUGGAAGAAGUUCGUGAGAUGUUCGAUCGUGCAUCAUCCGAAGCGGCGGCUGCUUUUGGAAAUGGUGCAAUGUUCAUCGAGAAAUUCAUUGAGAGACCCCGUCAUAUUGAAGUUCAAUUACUUGGAGACCAUGCUGGCAAUGUCGUACAUUUAUUUGAACGCGACUGUUCUGUGCAGCGACGUCACCAAAAGGUUGUCGAGAUAGCGCCGGCUCCAGCAUUAGCGCCCAAGGUUCGCGAAAAAAUGACUGAAUACGCCGUCAAGUUGGCAAGACACGUUGGUUAUUCAAAUGCCGGUACUGUAGAAUUCUUGGUCGAUGAAUCUGGCAAUUUCUACUUCAUUGAAGUCAACGCCCGAUUACAAGUUGAGCACACAGUAACUGAAGAAAUAACCGGAAUUGAUCUCGUGCAAUCACAAAUUCGUAUCGCCGAGGGCAUGACACUUCCAGAACUCGGUAUGACACAAGAAAAAAUAAUACCUCAAGGAUUCGCAAUUCAGUGCCGAGUAACUACGGAAGAUCCAGCUAAAAAUUUCCAACCGGACACCGGAAGAAUAGAAGUUUUCCGUUCUGGCGAAGGUAUGGGUAUUCGAUUGGACGGAGCUUCCGCAUUCGCUGGUGCUAUAAUUUCGCCCUAUUACGAUUCGCUUCUUGUUAAGGUAAUUGCUCAUGCCGGCGAUCUUCAGUCAUCGUGCGCCAAGAUGAAUCGAGCCCUUCGCGAAUUCCGUGUGCGUGGAGUAAAGACGAACAUACCUUUUCUAUUAAAUGUUUUGGAGAAUCAAAAGUUCCUAAAUGGCAUCGUCGACACAUACUUCAUCGAUGAAAAUCCUCAGCUCUUUCAAUUACAGCCAAGCCAGAAUCGUGCACAAAAAUUGCUCAAUUAUAUAGGUACCGUCUUGGUAAACGGUCCGAGCACACCAUUAGCUACUCAACUGAAGCCAGCGGACAUCAAACCGCACAUUCCGCAGAUUGCUCUAGACUUUGCUAAGCUUGCAGCUGCAGAAGAGACCAAUGAUCCUGACGUACCAGAAUUUAUGGUUCCUCCGAAAGGAUUCCGACACAUUUAUAAAGAGCAAGGUCCGGAAGCUUUCGCCAAGGCUAUUAGGCAGCACAAGGGUCCUUUGAUGGACACCACUUUUCGUGAUGCUCAUCAAUCUCUUUUGGCAACUCGUGUUCGUUCGCACGAUUUACUGAUGAUCUCUCCAUUCGUCGCUCACAAAUUCAAUAAUCUCUACUCGUUGGAGAACUGGGGUGGUGCGACUUUUGAUGUGGCCUUAAGAUUCCUACAUGAAUGUCCUUGGGAACGGCUAGAAGAUAUGCGCAAAGCCAUUCCUAAUAUUCCAUUCCAAAUGCUGCUGAGAGGCGCUAACGCUGUCGGGUACACUAAUUAUCCCGAUAACGUUGUCUUCAAAUUCUGUGAACUGGCUGUGAAGACUGGCAUGGACAUCUUUAGAGUAUUCGAUUCGCUCAAUUACCUGCCAAAUCUUAUCGUUGGUAUGGAGGCUGCGGGGAAAGCCGGAGGUAUCGUCGAAGGGGCGAUUUCCUACACAGGUGAUGUAAGCGACCCGACUCGUACUAAAUAACUUAAGUAUUACACCGACUUGGCGGAUGAGCUAGUUAAAGUGGGCACACAUGUCCUGGCGAUCAAAGAUAUGGCCGGAUUGCUCAAACCGAGAGCAGCUGAGAUGCUGAUCGACGCGAUUAGACAGAAGCAUCCGGAUGUGCCUCUUCACAUACACACCCAUGAUACUGCCGGAGCUGGAGUAGCCUCUAUGUUAGCCUGUGCGAAGAGUGGUGCCGAUGUCGUCGACGUUGCCGUUGAUAGCAUGUCUGGCAUGACCAGCCAACCUUCCAUGGGCGCUAUUGUUGCCUCUCUGCAGGGAACGGACCUUGAUACUAAGUUGGAUUUACCUGAUGUCUCCGAAUAUUCGGCGUAUUGGGAGCAAACGAGAACACUUUAUGCACCCUUCGAGUGCACAACAACGAUGAAGUCCGGAAACGCGGACGUUUACCUCAACGAAAUUCCCGGUGGCCAGUACACGAAUCUACAAUUUCAAGCUUACUCGCUCGGUCUGGGCGAGUUCUUCGAAGACGUGAAAAAGGCGUAUCGACAUGCCAAUCUCCUGCUCGGUGAUAUUAUUAAAGUCACACCGAGCUCCAAAGUUGUUGGCGAUUUAGCGCAAUUUAUGGUUCAAAAUAAAUUGACCGCUGAUGAUGUUCUCAAGAGAGCCGAGGAAUUGUCGUUCCCUAAAUCGGUGGUCGAGUUUCUUCAGGGUGCCAUUGGUGAACCUCAUGGUGGAUUCCCUGAACCUCUCAGGUCGAAAGUUCUCAAGGAUAUGCCACGCGUGCAGGGCAGGCCAGGGGCAAGUUUGGAACCGCUCGACUUCGAUGCCUUGAAAAAAGAGCUAAAAGAAUCUCAUCCGCACGUCACCGAAAAGGAUGUCAUGUCGGCCGCGCUUUAUCCUAAAGUAACGAAGGACUACUUGAGCUUCAAGGAACAAUUUGGUCCAGUAGAUAAAUUUGAGACCAGAAUCUUCCUCACGGGGCCUAAAGUAGGCGAGGUAUUCGAUGUUACGAUUGAGAAGGGCAAAACUCUCGGCAUUAAAACUCUGGCGGUUGCCGAUGAUCUCACGAAAAAUGGCGAACGCGAGGUGUUCUUCGAGUUGAACGGUCAAUUGAGAUCUGUGUUCAUCAAGGAUAAAGAGGCUGUUAAGGAAUUGCAUGUGCAUCCGAAAGCAACGAAAGGUGACAACAAUCAAUUGGGAGCGCCGAUGCCCGGCGAAGUGAUCGACAUUAGAGUAAAAGUUGGCGACACCGUGGAAAAAGGUGUGCCAUUAGUUGUGCUGUCAGCCAUGAAGAUGGAAAUGGUUGUGCAAGCACCCAGAGCAGGAAAAAUCAAAAGUCUUGAAAUUAACCAGGGCAUGAGAUUGGAAGGAGAUGAUCUUAUCCUAACAUUCGAAUAGAUUUUCGCGAUAAUGGAUCAAUCGUCUCUUAAAAUCAAAUCACAUAAAAGCCAACACCAAAUAUUUAUUGUUAUUUACUUCAAUAGUGUGGAAGAUAAGAUCUUCAACAAUCUUCAUACAAAACUAGAAUUAAGAUUUUCCGUUCAAUCAUUUUAAUAACAUUCUGUUAUUGGUAAUCACCGUUUUAACCAGAAUUGUUAAUGGCUUGACCAAAGUUUAUUAUCCGAAGAUUUUUAUCACGCAUUGACAAACUUUUAUAAAUAAUUAUUAGGUUAAUUGUUAUUAAUGCUUCUUAAUAAUUCUAUUUUUUAAAUCACUUAUAUGCAAUAUUACAUCCUAUAAAAGAUUUUAAAGAUUU